AUGGAAAAAUUGAAAUUGUCGGUGUAUUUAUGGAUAACUUUCCAGUGCGUUUUAUAUACAAACUGUUUCGAUAUAUCGAAUUUCCUGCAUCUUUUUCUCGUAGAUGGACGCGCAAAUGUUUGUAAAGAUACAUGGACAGAAAAGGAAAAGUAUAAAAGAAAGUGUUCGUUCUGGAAAUGGGGCCGGUGUACAACUUACAGAACUGCACAUAGACAAAAACUGUAUUGCUGUAGUGGAUACAAAAAUGAACUUGAUGACCCAACGGCUUGUAAAUACGCAAUCUGUGACGGUCUGACAGACUACACUGGUCUAGCCUGUACUCAGAAUUACCCUGAUGACAGUAUUCGGAAGCGUAGUGGUGCAGUGGUGCGUGACAGCGGAGGAUCGUGCUCCUCCCCAGAAAUUUGUACAGACUGCAACGACGGAUUUUAUGGUGACGGUCCCAAGUGUAAAAUCUGCCCCAAAAUUGACCACUGUAACCACCGUAGAUGUACAGGCCCAGGGGACAACAUCUGUGUGUAUUGUGAUGGGGAGGUGGCUGAGAGAGACUACUACAGGGCCUACACUCCCGUCCCUAGCAGUAAAAAGAAAUGUGAACAGGCUUGUUCCUGGAGGUCAGACAGCACGAGAUGUUUCCCCGGGACAUGCACGGAUGGACUAGCCUCAAAAUGUCAAUGUUCUCCAGGUUUCUCGGGCCACCACUGUGAAAAAUUGGAUACGGAGGCAUCGAUUAUGGAGAAUGAGUGCAAGCUAGAAGAUCCAAGAGGAACCAUCCUAGCAAAUCCUGCAGAUCUGAAUGAGGGUCCACCCCAGCCGAUAAGGUGGACCAAUAAUGUUAUUUGGGAGAGGGCGGUGACAAAGUGGGAUGCCCUGUUACAGCUGCCUGGCACACCCCCUGACCUCACUGGGUUGGAUCAUUACAUAACGAACUACAAUUUCGGAAUUAAAUUUGCAACUACUGUUUUACGACAAGUCAGAGGAGGAACUAAAGUUGCAGAACUUGUCCAUAACUGUGAAGGUGUUUCAGAGAGAGCCCCUAAAGUAACAGCUUUCUCCUGCAAGAAAACUUUCCAUAACCUCAGGAGCUCACUGGCAGGCUUUAAACACGACGAUCAAGUGUUCUUCUAUCUUCAAGCCACGACUGGUGGAUAUGUAGAAUUGAAAAACAGAGAGAACAACAAUAAAAUAGAGUAUCAUCCCCUAGUCGGAAAGACCACAGAGCGUGAAUUUGAGUACCACUGGGACUUAGAGAAACCAUAUCAUAACCUGGUUUCUGGUUUAGAUGAUCCGCCAUUUCUUAGUGUGCCAGAUUUGACAGAAAAUCCAACAAUAAACAUGGUGUGGGGAGGUUGGGCAGAUGCAUUGUCGGGACUGGAGAAAUACCAGUACGAGGUACAUGAAUUGGGACACGAUGGUAAUCUGUUGGGGGAGCAGCGAGGGAAACUCAUCAAAAGUCCAAAGGAUUUAACACUUACAGCAACUGGGGAGUCUUUUGAAUUGCCAGUACCAGGAAUGUACGCAAUUCAUUUCUCAGCUUAUGACAAAGCAGGGAACCACAAGACCGGCAGAAAAGUCUUACUUUAUGAUAACAAAGCUGAAGUCACCGCCAACCCAACAAAGGUCACACGGGUCAUAACAGCUUCCCAAGAAACCAAUUAUGUAUGGGUCACCAAGGAUACCAGAUAUGUGGAUGUACUGUGGAAAGACAGAUUCCGUAAUUAUCGUCAUGAAACCAAUCGGUGGCUAAACAAAGUGGAUUCAGCUUAUGGCAUUGAGUCAAAAUAUGAUGAUCAUUACGGAGAUCGACAAGUGGCUGAAAUUCCAAAUGUUCAUGCAUGUGUAGAUUACAAAGUGUGGUAUAAGGUUACCGAUGCAACUAGCAUUGUCGAUAACCAGGACUUCACCUCAGUGUCCGCAAUCUCAAAGCAAGGAGACCAGCUGAAUCUACCAUGGACAGAUGGCAACAAACUGGAGGUUACAGUUCGUGCCAUUGACGUGUUGGGCAAAUAUUUGGAUGAGUCUGUAACCGUGUACAGAGAUGCCACACCCCCUCAAAUUGAAGAUCUUUGGUUGACAAGAGGAGAUCGACUGAAUGUCAGUGUUCACAGAAUUGAAGAUUUCACAAAAAUGACGGUGGAGUGGAUUGCAUACGACUUUCACAGCGGUCUGGACAGCAUCGCCUGGAGAUUGUUUGAUAAUUUCACAGGAACCGACAUACUGCAUGGGCAUGAGGACAUCCCGGCCCAAGGAAUGGCUAAUGACACAUCAGAGUGUGAAUCAAGAUACGGAAGUUAUGCCAGGGGAGCUAACUGCUAUGAGACUCCUUUCUGGGGAGCCUACCACAAGCAUUUUCAAGUGAUACCUGCUAUAAAGGCGGAUGGAGGGUUAAAGGUUGGAAAGGACAAAGGACUGCAUGAUUCUGAUUACUUUAUGGAGGUGACAGCAGUUAAUAAAGCCAAACUAACCACGAUUUUGUCUAAAAAGAUAACAAUAGACACAUCCCCUCCCCACACCGGCGUGGUAGAGGACGGAGUUCCAGGAGUGGAUGAAGUGGACUACCAGCAGAGUAAAACACUGAACGCCCACUGGGAGGGAUUCUUUGACAGGGAGAGUGGGGUGCUUUUUUAUCAGUAUGGAUACGACACAAAGCCUAUUGCCGCUUCAGCGUUUACAUUGGAAGCCAGUGGCAAUGGGAAUAUUUUUGAGACGUAUUCUAUGCAUGCUACCCACACAGUCACCACAGAGGGACAAUAUUACAUUUGUGUAGUAGCGUAUAACCGUGCCUUAGAGCCCUCAGAGCCAGUGUGUUCUGAUGGAGUGACAGUGACUACAACAAAGCCCUCUGUACAGGAAGUGAAUAUAGAGGGAGCUUCAAUCACCGGGGGCCUGGUGACAGACAAAACAAAGACCAACUUCUGGAUUGUUACCAGUAACAGAUUUCGCCGACUGAUAAAAGAUCCCACAUCUGACUGCACAUCGAAAGCUACAAUUUUGUCUGACCUUGACCUUCUCCCAGCUGAGCAUGAUGACAAUGGAACCUUUGUGACAGUAAAUGGCAGUGUAUUUUGUGCUAAUUCGACAGGGUCCCCUGCAAAUCUUAGUCCUAUGUUGUCUAAGUCAUCAAUGUUGUUUCUGAGCUGGUUACCAGUUGAUAAUCCUGGUAGUGUAUACGACUAUGAAGUUGGAUUCUCCUCGACAAAGGGAAGCCCCGCCCCUGAAAUCAUGGCGUUCAGAAGCACGAAACAACAUCCACAUCUCCAUGUUUUCCACACCGAUAUACCAGAUGGAGCGGAGUUUUAUCUUAUCAUCAAGACCAUCAGCAAAGCGAAUGUGGAGGCGAUACAGUCCAUUGGUCCAUGUUUCAUGGAUACCACAGCCCCACAGUUUACAGGACCAAUCAGUGUCACUCAUACAAAUGGAUUUCUGAUUGCAAAAUGGGCAGCUGAUGCUUUUACUGAUGAACAGGAACCAUACAAGCUAGACUUGCAGUUUGCUAUAGGGCGUUCAUCAGGAUACACAGAUGUACAGCCCUACACCCCACUACAGAGUGGUGGAACUUGUGUAGUGGGGAACCCACCCACCUGCACAGCCAUUCAUAUCUCAAACACAGUGUGGCGACUACAUGGCCACCAAACUUACUACGUAACAAUCAAGGCAGACAACUCCGCUGGCCUUACGACUUAUGCUGUAUCAGACCCUUAUACCCACGAUGUACAACUGGCUGCUGAGGGUGUUGUGUUCGACAUUUAUGCAUCUAGCCUCAGUGAAACACCAUUUGCUGAUAUAGAAGAUGUAGAUUUCACCACUAUAAGAAACAGUCUUACAGCCCAUUGGGAAGGGUUCUCUCACCCACAUCUGAAUGUAACUUACAAGUUCCAGGCAGGUACCACCCCUGGUGGUGUAGAUGUGGUAUCUCCUAUUGAUGUAGGAGCAGUCGAUUCUUAUUCUGGAACUGGACUCAGUCUGCAGACUUUCACGACCUAUUACGUGACAGUGACGGCUGUGACCUUGGCAGGCAGUGUGACCGUGACCUCUGAUGGGGUCACAGUUGUUCAGGAAUCUGCUUCUUUACCAGGAAUUGUUAUCAAUGAUGGAGAAUAUUGUAACAUGACAGUUGAUAACGGAACUUUAUUUAAACACCAUGACAACGACAACCGAAAGAGAUGUGAAGAAGACAUUGACUACCAGGCCUCCACUAACUCUUUGAAGGCUUACUGGGAGAUUCCUGGAAGCAUGACACUUUAUACACCAGAUGUCCACUUUGCUAUAGAAGAAAGGUCACCUAUUGGAAAUUUUUGGAGCACUUUCAGGGAAUAUGAACAUAUUCGCAAGCAUCAUGAAGCCAUAGUGACAAAUUUGAACCUAAAGCCUGGGAGGACUUACAGAAUGGCCGUCAAACUUUGUGCCAUAACGACAUGUUACGAACCUCUGUUCAGCGAUGGUGUGAUGAUACUGGCCAAUCCUCCUGCUAAGGGGAAGAUAACUGUGGAACACCAAAAUACCACACAAAGUGCAGGACUUAAAGAAAAGAUAAUUAUCAAUAUGGAUAGAUUUUAUGACCCAGACACAGAGGAUGAAGUUGACAAGUAUAAUGUUAUUGAUAAGUAUGAAUGGGCCAUUACGGACAACUCACACAUGGGGCGGACGCAGACCAUCUGGACAGAAGUUGUGGGGAUUACUCUGACCCAAUCAGGAAAAGUGAUGCAAUUUGACGUUGAGCUGAUGGGUGAGUUUGACUUCUCUAAGUGCCGUAGAUUUGCGGUCCGUGGAUACAACAAGGCCAAGCUGAUGUCCGCUGUGUCAGUGGACGUUAAAAACUGUGAAGCAUUUGAUCCUAUAUUGAUUAAACCCAAACACGUAUUGGAUGCCGUGGGAAAACGUGAAACAGAUAGAGAUGGAUAUGGAUUACCAGUGUUCCUUGAAAAAAAUGCCCGCUGGCCAACUCCCGAUAAAGACUACACUCCAAACAUGAAUUACCUCUCUGCAGUGUGGCCACAGCUCCGAUACAAUGCCUAUGUGGUGGCAGUUCUGAAUGCCAAGUCUAUGGACGCCACCACAUAUUAUAAGCAGAUUAGUACACUGUCUCUGCCAGAUCCUUGUAAUCACACCGAGGCUAUCAAAUGUACCAGAGUAGAAAAGCAAGAGUUUGUGAAUUUUAAAUUCAACCCAGGGGAAUUGGUGCAUGGUCAGAGAUACACAAUAUGCAUCCAUACCGAGUAUACAGAGAUAAGAUUUGAGGAAUGGACACAGGUCCUGCCAGAGUUGAAUACAUGUAGUGAUGGUAUUGUGGUGGAUCUCACUCCCCCUACUGCUAGAGAGGUGUGGAUAGGAAAUGUUAUGGGGACACGAUUUCAGACAUCCACGACCGACAUGUACAUUAAUUGGCAUACAUUUGAUGAUGUAGAGGAAAUGAGCGACAUCACACACUCAUCAGGCAUACAAGAUUACCAACUAGGCAUCGGAACCACCAUCGGGGGGAAUGACGUGGUGGCCUUCCACAGUGUGGGGGUAGUGAAUCAUGUUGUUCUACAUGGUCUGUUUCUACAGAGUGGACACACUUAUUAUGCUACAGUCAAAGCUCAAGACUAUGCGGGAAGAAUUACCACAGUAACAUCUGAACCAGUAGUCGUGGAUACAACUCCUCCACAAAAGUCUGAUAAUCCUAUCAAAAUUUCAGGAAGGCAUAUUGUUUCCAAAUCUGAAAUAGAGGCUUGUUGGAAGAAAGUUUUUGUUGAUCCUGAGAGCACUGUAGAUUACUUUAUGUGGGCAAUUGGUUCACAGCCAGGAUCUGACGACAUCAUGGUGUUCACAAGAGAAGAGAGCGAGUGUGGAGAAAAUAGUAAACGGAACCCGUUGGACCUGAAAGAGGGCCAUGCUUACUACAUAUCUGUUAAGGCAAUCAACAAAGCAGGCUUGAUGUCUUUGGCCACCUCGUGGGCCUAUACAGUUGAUGUUUCACCUCCAAUAGCUGGACACAUCUAUGAUGGAGUACCAGGAACUGCCCAUGCUGACAUCGACUUCCAGACGGAUAUGUCUGCUUUAAAUGUGUAUUGGGAAGGAGUUUUUGACCCACAUUCAGCCAUUCAAGUGUACUACGUCAGCGUUGGCACCUGUCCAACUUGUGAUGACGUUGUUAGCAGACAAGCUUUAGGAAUAGUGAAUUCAUUUAGGCUGGAGCAGGUUCACUUUGGUGCUGGUUUGACUUAUUAUACCUCACUGACAGCAUGUAAUACUGCAGAAUUGUGUACAACUGUGCUGACUGAUGGGGUCAUCAUGGACAAUAGUCCACCCAGUUUUGGUUUGGUGAUGGAUGGCACAAGAGAUCGUGACACUGAAUAUCAGUCCAUCAGAACUUACAUCGGAGUUAAGUGGCAGGGUUUUGUGGAUCCGCAGUCUGGACUUGACCACUAUGUUUGGUGGGCAGGAACUUCCCCCGGAGGAAAUGAUAUCCUGUCGGAAAGGAAAGUUCAUCUUACUAUGACAGCGAUGUCUUUCAAUAUGUCUUCAGAACUUCCGGUUGGCAAGCGUAUUUAUGUUACUGUCAGGGCAUACAACAAAGCUGGUUUGUUCACUGAUUCGACGUCCAACGGAUUCGUGGUAGACAUCACUGCCCCUGUCAUUUCUAACGAUCCAAAGUUUGCGUCAGUGUUCAGUCUUGUACAAGAUACUCAAUUCUACAGGACUCUGAUGAAAGUGGAGUGGUCCGUUAAUGAUGCUGACUCACACAUAGAGAGACAGUAUCUCUCUGUUAAGUCUCACAUUGGAGGAGAGUUUGAUUUGGCAUCCACCAAGGUGAAUGGGAUUGCCAGAGAUUUUAUUUUGACUGGUCUAAAAUUACAUGAUGGUGUGACGUACUAUGUGACGUUGAUUUCCUGUAAUGGUGCGCAGAUCUGCACAACUGCGACCACUAAAGGUACACUGGUGGACUCAACCCCGCCAUCCAGAGGAAUGUUUGCUGUUAAAACUGAUCAUGCAGCCAAUUUAACAAGACACAGUGAUAUCUGGAUGACGUGGGAGAAAACGGCCAUUAAUUUGGCUUGGUUAGGCUUUGCUGACCUUCACUCUAAGAUUUCCCACUACUUUAUCAAUGUGGGAUCAACUUUCAUGGGGAAUGACCUGAAUGAGGAGCCAGGCCAGGAAACGAGAGUACAAUACACCAGCUCUGGAGAUGAUAAAUAUGAUGAGGGCAUCGUGCAGACAUCUAAAGUGAAGACCAGUAGCUAUGAUGCCAAUCAGAAGUACCUAUAUGUCAGCAUGUGGGCGGUAAACAAGGUUGGAUUGAGCAGUGCAAUCAUCCACUCACAGUUUGAGAAGAUCCCAGGAGGAGACCUGUAUUUGAUUCGUCGAUGUGAAGCUGUGACUUGUGAGGGUCAUUGUGUCUGUGCCCCCCAGGACAAAGUCUGUCACCUCCCACAAACAGCUUGUAAGGACAUAUCCUCAAAUAAUGGAAACAACAUCUUACAAGUGUAUGAUGUAGCUGGUAGUGGAACGGAUGACGUUGAUUACACUCCAUCUAACGUAGUGCUACAGGGGCGCUGGGCGAUCGUCAACAAUUUUGGGAGCGCUCCACAAUGGUACCAAUGGAGCGUGGGGUAUACAGAAAAAUCAGACCCUGAGGGAAUUUUUAAUCAGGCAACUGAUAGAAUAUGGCAUGAUGCUGCACGCAAUAUGAAACAAGUAUAUCAGACAAAACAUGAUAUUUAUCUGAAGGAAACCGUCAAGUAUUCGUUCUUCUUGAAAGUUUGGUACGAUGAAAAUACUUAUGCAGUGUUUAAAUCUGACGGCGUCACUAUUGCAAUUCAGAAACCUGCAGUAACAAACAUAAGAGGCAGUGCGGUUAGAGAAAGAAUGUUAGGAACUAAGUUUGUUGAUCAAGAUUUUAUGAAGGGAGGCUUUCCUUUCACGGUGGAGUGGAAGAAUAAAUUCCUGGAUGCUGAGAAUGCAAUUAAGACAUUCCGUCUGUAUAUCAGUUCAUACCCUGGAGGUCAUGACAUUAUGGACACUGGCGAGGACCUGAAAGGUACUCAGACGUCAUUCGACAUUAUGCGAUCCGCCGAUCUGCUGUCAGGUAUCACAUACUACAGUAAUGUCCGUGCCUAUGGAUUCUCAGAUAUUCAUCACACAGAAUCAUCUGACGGCUUCAAACCAGACAAGACCAAACCCAUGAAAGGAAUUGUGUUUGAUGGAAUAGGUUUACACGACCUUGAAUUCCAAAACAAGUCAAAUGUAGUUGCUGCACACUGGCAUGGAUUCUCAGACAUUGGUUCCGGAGUAAAACUGUACAACUGGUGUGUUGGAUCCACCCGUGAUAUUGCCAAGAAGCAUGAUGAUGUGGAGUGUAUAUAUCGUGGUUGGGAGACUGUAGGAUUGCAUACAUCGGUGUCUAGAAUAUUGGAGACUCCAUUAAAUCAGAGUCAGAUUUACUACAAUAAAGUAUAUGCUGUUGAUAAUGUUGGUUACAAAUCAAGUGUCGUUGUGUCUGAUGGUGUGACCCUUGACCAUACCCCACCAGAACCUGAAUAUCUCUUACACAGUGGAAGCAACAUUUUGUCCAAUCCAUCUUUUGAAAUAGCUUCAAAUGUGUUGCAGUCAUCAGCUGUCAAUACAACUGACAUCUGCAACAUCACUGUGGACUAUCAACCCAACAGUUGGAAUUUAUCCUACUCAGGAUGUGUUGCAGUUGUUUCCUCUGGGAAGAAUUUGGCUAGGGACGGACGGUCAUUUUUAUUUAUCAGGGGAAGUGUGACCCAAUAUCUUAAUGGAUUGGUGGUUGGUGGACUGUAUAGAGUAAGCUUUUUCUCCAGCCAUCUUUCCAUUAGCAGCUCCACACAGUCAAACAAAGAAGGUUUCAUACAACUUGGAGACAAGAAGCACGUUUUCCUCAUCUACACCAAGGCUUACAGAGGGGAUGGCAAUGAAAAUUCUCAAGUUAGGGAGGAAGUUUCAUGGCACAAACAUACAUUUUACUUUACGGCAAUGAAAACAUCUACUAACUUUGAAAUAGGCAGUGUUGAUGACAAGACUGGAAUAUUUGUAGACCAUAUAGCAUUUGAGCAUGUAACGAGGGACAAGAACAAUGGAACAAGUGGUUUACAGGUGCAAGCCCAUGUGGUUUCUUUACAUGAAUGGGGCUCCAUCCAUGGUUCCUGGAGCUUUGUGGAAGAUGUAAGCUCCAUCACCGAAUAUAUGUGGGCUAUAGGUUUCACAAGAGGAGGAACGCAGCUACAGAACUUUCAGAGUGUGGGACUGUCAAACUUUGCCUUUAAUUCCAAAGUGACAUUGACGCAUAACACGUAUAUUUACGUCACAUCUGUAGCCAAGAAUUCUGUUGGUUUGCAGGGUGUUUCUUACUCCGAUAAAAUUCUAGUUGACCUUACCCCACCCGUCAUUGAGGAAGUUUUAGAUGGAGACUUCCUAGGAGAAGAUAACGAUUUUUGGAAAGAAAACACUGUUUAUGUCAACUGGAAAGUGACGGAUGAUGAAUCUGGAUUGGAUUAUUGUGAAUGGGCAAUAGGAUAUCAACCAAAAGGCAUCGAAGUGCAAAUUUUUGAGAAAAUUAAGAUUGGAGACAGAAGGACAUUCAAAGAUUUUGAUGCAAGCAUACUUCAGGGAAAGACGGUGUACUCAACAAUACAGUGUGAGAAUAAGGCGGGACUUCUGGCCAGUGCAUCUUCUGAUGGCGUGACAAUUUAUGAUCAGCCACCAUCCAUGGCCUCCGCUGUUGUAAGGACACUGCCAUUGUCUGUAACAGAGUACCCGGCCCUGGACUUCUAUCAGAGUGUUACUAACAAUCUAAGGAUUGUUUGGAGUGGAGUGGAGGACAGGACUGGCGUACAGCAGUACAAAAUUUCUGUAAAAAGCAACAAGUACAAUUUGGAUGACGAAGGGCUCUUAUUGUCUGAUUCACAAGAGGUAGUUUUCGCUAGUGUGGGAAAUGUGGAUCUCGGUACUGGAGAAGUAAAUGUUACUCUUCAAGCCAUCAACAAACUGCUGGAGCGAAGCAAAUCCCUCCUCUACAACCUUACUGUAGACACUGCUAAGCCAGUUAAAGAUGCAUCCCAACAACUGUCUGUCACAUGGCGUAAUACUCACAAAGAAUUAGUUGUAUCAUGGGAUGGAAUCUUUAGUUCCCAGCAUCCUCUGCGAUUUGAAGUGUCAGCUGGGACCUCACUGGGCGGAAGUAACAUCAUUCAGUGGCAAGAGACACGUGCUACCAGUAUUACAUUCAUCAUGCCAGGAUCUGUUACCAGUACUUCGCGACUUAAGGUCUACAUGAUUGUCCGUGCCAUAGCAGCUGGUGGGAACUACGAGGACAUACAAGGUUCCAUCGUCUUACCAGCAUAAUGAUUUCCCAAUGAGGAAAUCAAUUCUCAUAUCAAAAUGUUUAUUUAUAUCUGAAGUAACACUUGAUUUGUAUGCAUGUAGUUGUGUUUCCAUGUACAAACAUAACAGAGACAGUUAGCAAAAAUAAUAUACAAUUCAUGGAAGUCAAUUGCAGGGGUGUUACCAAUACUGUAGUUUUCAACAAAACACAGAGUAUAUUUUUUAUAUUUCAUGUACUUUGACUUUAGAUUGAAAUAUGUCUGUUGUCUUUUAUCGUCCUCGUUAUUGUCGUCGUAGAGAAGUCAGAUUUUAUCUUCCCCGGAACCAAUGGGUUAAGUUGCAAAAAAGACUUCUAAAGACUUUUUAAGCAUUCCCACGUAAAACGUCGAUCCCUUAUUGCUGAUAUUUCACAUGAGAAUGCAAAGUAAUUCUUUAAAAAUCUUUUUUCUUAAGAAUUAUGGGUCAUAAUCAAUCAUAUAUCUUAAGAUUAUGAUUAAGUUGCAAGCAUUCCAAUAUAGUGUAGAUUGAUAUUUGAACUAACCAUGGCACGUGGUGCUGGGGGUGGGUUAAAACAGGAAUUGUUAGUUUGAUUUUUGUGAGAAUAAAAAGGGUAUAAGCUAUCUAUUAAAUAUCAGAUGAUUUAGAAUAGCAAGGCCAAUAUAACUCAGGUAAGUGUUGUGGUCCAUGACCCUCUUGUUGGAAAAUUUAUCAAUAUUGUGGUAUCAAUAUGUAUGUGUAAAUUGUUAUGCAAAUACAUUGAACAAUUGUCUUUUUAAAGGGACUGAUUUUAUAAAAAUGCAAUGACUGUUUUAUUGCUGUAUAUAUCGCUAACCUAGAUUACUCAUUAUGUAAUGAAACUUUACUUUUUUUAUUCUAUCAUGAAACAGUCCUUUUUUUUUUUUAACUUAUCAUGAUUUAUUUUUGUGCAUCUGUUUUAGGUAUUAAAGCAUUUUUGCGAUAUUUUUAUAAGAAUCCGUCCACAAAUUGCAUGACUGAUCUGUAGUUGUUUAUUUGUUCAUUUCCCUUGCAUACCUUCAGAACAAAUAUGAUGAUGGAUAACCCAAACAAAUCAUAUAGAUAUAUUGCGUCUGCCUAAAAAUAGACUUAAUGUCGUCAUUUUCCAUUUUGUUCACAGAUGACACGAUACUCAGUUUUGUUUUUACAAAACCCUUUUUAAUUUUUAGAGCACCAAAAGACUAGCUAUCUUGGGAAGCUAAGGUUUUAUCAGUUUGUGUGUGUGUGUGUGUGUGUAUUGAAUUCUGGUUUGUGAAGGUGGACCAAUAAUGCAGUGGGAUCAUUGUAAUUUGUGGCAACCAUUUGUUGUGUCUUGCCAAGAGUUUAUCAUAUCUUUGGCAUGUAAUAUUAUGGAUAUGGAUCGUAUACACGGAAAUAGUAUACAAGCUAAUAAAGUCCUCCAUGAAAACUGAGUCCCCACGAAAUAUAUUCAUUCCACUGUAUUUUCUAUGACAGGAAGUGUUUGAUGGUGACAAUUACCCUGCUACAUGUAUUUAUCAAACAUGUGAUACUAACGUUAUUCCAGGACUACAUAUGUACUUUCACACAAUUCAUUUGAAACCUUUACAUCUGUGAUAUUUUUAUAGAGAGUAAUGAUGUAUGAAAUUUCUUCUACUCUUGUUACAUUUUGAAAAAAAAAAUAUAUUAAAAAUACUUUCUCAAA